AUGAAUCGAUUUAACAUUGCAAUUCUGAUCAUUGUUCAUAUUUGUUUCAUAUUGUUAUCAAAUAAAUCUAACCAAGUGAAUUGUCGUAUUGAUGAAAAUUCGAUCAAGUUUCAAAACAAUGGCAUCGUAAAGACUGUCAUCACAUUGGACAAGAUGGAGCCCUCAGUUAAAAUGGACGAUCGAUAUGAAACUGAAAAUUGGAUUGAUAACCACUUGAACCCUAAUGAACCAUCUCUAUCACCGUCAUCUUCACCAAAUGCUGAUAAAGGUUCGAGCACCAGUACAAUGGUUAUAGGAUUGCUCAAGAAAGCGUUUCGUUUAUUGAACCUGAAGCAGAUGGUCAAAAAUGUACAACAAGGACGAUCAUCAUCUGGAACGUGUUUGGCUUGUAAGAUAACGAUGACCGGAAUCAAAUAUUUAAUCGAUUAUGGAAGAGGUUUCGAAGAUGUGGCCUAUGUAACCAAAUACUUAUGCAAAACGCUGGCCCUACAAACGGAUCGUGUCUGUGAUGGAUACGAGGAAUUCGUCGUCGUCAUGUCACAAGUGAAUAUCAGCUCUAAUGAGGUGUGUGGUUUUUUGUUGGGAGAAACAUGCAAUGCGGUUGCUCAUCCGCUUUACAAAUGGAAUGUCCGCCUGCCUGAUCGACCCUUGUUCACCAAACCAUUGUUUCGUUGGCCAUUUCGAGCACAACAAUCUUUCAAAGUGUUGCAGAUAUCAGAUCUUCAUAUAGAUCUUGAAUAUCGGGAAAAUUCUAAUGCAGUAUGCAACGAACCUCUUUGCUGUCGGGCUGAUUCUCCCCCGUCUACAUCGUCAACAACUAAGGUAAAAACAUCACAUCGUGCCGGUUAUUGGGGUGAUUAUAGAGAUUGUGAUGUACCGUUACGACUAGUUGACCAAACAUUUCAAUGGAUUCGACAAAAUCAUCCGGACAUUGAAUACAUUCUAUGGACUGGUGAUAUUCCACCUCAUGAUAUAUGGAAUCAAACAAAACAAAGUCAACUUGAAUAUAUCGACAUAGCUGGUCAUUUGUUUGACAAAUAUUUCAGUCAUGUUCCUAUAUAUCCGGUAGUCGGUAAUCAUGAAAGCUUACCCAUGAACAGUUUUCCUCUGUAUUCACAUCCGGCGAUCAAGCAAAAAUAUUCCAAACAAUGGCUUUAUGAUCGAUUAUCAUCGAUAUGGUUACGUUGGGGAGCUUAUUUUGCUACUCGAGCUAAGAAAGGAUUGAAAAUCAUUUCGUUGAAUACAAAUUUUUGUAACACACAGAAUUGGUGGGUUCUAUUGAAUGCAACCGAUCCUGGUCAACAAUUAGAAUGGCUCAUACAGCAACUAACUGAAUCGGAAAGAUUGGGCGAAAUGGUGCAGAUCAUUGGACAUGUACCACCCGGUUCAAAUGAUUGUGCUCAAAUAUGGAGUAUGAAUUACAACCAGAUCAUCAAUCGAUUUGCAUCAAUCAUCAAAGGACAAUUUUUUGGCCAUACCCAUAAUGAUGAAUUUGAAAUAUUUUACCGAGAAGUACGCCCAGAGUUGGAUUCGGAUCAUGAAACAACUUACAUGCCAACUAACGUGGCCUACAUUGGACCUAGCGUGACUACAUUUGGAAAUGUCAAUCCUGGCUAUCGAAUCUAUGUUAUCGACCAACAAACAUUCGACAUUAUUGACCAUGAGACAUAUUUCCUCAAUUUAACCGAAGCAAAUCUAGCUCGAGAUCGAAUGCCCCCACAAUAUCGGUUAUCAUAUCGAGCCCGCCAAGCUUACGAAAUGAAAACAUUGUCACCAACGGAAUGGCAUCGAUUGGUCAUGCGAAUGCGAACACCGAUCAGCCGCAAAGAAAGAUCGGCUCGUAGAAUGCAAGAAUCGAACCGAUUAUUCAAAUAUUUCCAUCAUUAUUUCUACAAUCUAAGCGAUAAUAUCGGCGAUGAGAACAAAUGUGAUGAUGAAAAUUGUAAAUACGAAAUGCUCUGUCGCCUACUCACUGCUCACUCCUACAACACAACAUUGUGCCAACAUUUUCUUUUAUAAUCAAAUUAGAUCUCUAAUUAUUA